GAGAGAGAGAGAGAGAGAGAGAGAGAGAGAGAGAGAGAGAGAGAGAGAGAGAGUCCUGAAGAUAGGAAACCCACGGAACGAAGGGCUAGAGAAGCACGGCUGCCGCAGGAAAAGGAAGCAGAACUUUUCCUCCUUUCGUCUCCAGAGUCUCUCAGCUUCAUGUUUCAGGCCGUACUAUGACUAAAAGAAGCCUCUUCGGUGCAUUGUAGCUGUUUGGGAUGACCGAAGCAUCACCGUGCCUCAGUAAGAAGAAGGAAAAAGCAAAAAAGAGAACCUUUUGCUGGGAGGACAGACAACAUCUGCCUUGAGAGGAUAAGAUCAACAGUCCAGCUGGAUCCACACAGGGAACCUGCCUGACCUUUCUGUUCGAAGGAAGAGGAAUUUAAACUGCCCUGGAAACAUUUAAAGCGCUUCACCCAAAUUAAUUUCCACUUUUGAACUGGUGUUCUCGGAGCCAACGCCAUGUGUCACGUUAUUGUGACGUGCCGCUCCAUGUUGUGGACUCUCUUCAGCAUUGUGGUGGCCUUUGCGGAGCUCGUCGCCUUCAUGAGCCCCGAUUGGCUGCUGGGCAGUCCUCGGUCGGACCCCAGUGGGAGCACUGUGAGGAGCAACGGGGAGGUGAACCUAAUGGAGUACCGACCGUCUCUUGGCCUCUACAGCCGCUGUCUCCGUAUCGGCCCCGGGAGUGUGGGGGUCAGCUGUGGGCCUUAUGCUGGGACUUUCGGGGAAGUGGCCAGCGGCUUCUGGCAGGGGGCCAUGUUGUUUCUGGCAGCCGGGACGUUAGUGCUCGGGUGUGUGGCCUGCAUUUCCAUCUUCAGUCUGUGUUUCCAGAGCAUCAAGAAGAAGAGCAUAUUCAACAUCUGCGGGCUGCUCCAGGCUAUCGCAGGGCUGUUGUUGAUGGUGGGCCUGAUGCUGUACCCUGCAGGCUGGGGCUCGGUGAGGGUGAUUUACUUCUGUGGCUCYGAGGCCUCGCCCUUCAGGCCCGAUCAGUGCUCGCUCGGCUGGGCGUUCUACGCAGCGAUAGGAGGAACGCUGGCAACCUUCCUGUGCUCCGUCCUGUCUGCACAAGCUGAGAUUGCCACUUCCAGCGAUAAGGUYCAGGAGGAAAUCGAGGAGGGCAAAAAUCUGAUCUGCCUGUUCUGAGUCUCCAGAAAUCACAUUUAGUGACGUUUCUCGGACGUGCACACCUGGACUUCUUAGUGGAAGAAGCACUCUUUGAUUGUCCGGAUGAACGAUUGUUAAAAAAAAAAAACAACUCGGGUUUAACCACUUGUUUUAUAAUUUUUUUCUUUUCUAAAGCCCUUUUUCUGUUAUUAAGUCAAAAUCUCUGUUUCAGAGCUG